CAUCUCCACAUGAUGGCCUCACCAGAUCGCUCACUCUUGCAGGUUCCAGAGCCCAACCGCCUUGUGAGCCUCCCUGCCGAGCUCCGUAUCGCGAUCGUGUCAUACCUGCCCAACCGCGACAUUAAAAGCUUGCGUCGGACAUGCAAGCUCUUUGGCGAAAGCGUGCUUUUGCACAUCGACCGCGUUUUCCUGUCCGCCAAUCCCAUCGACAUCAGGGUGCUUAGAGCGAUUGCGAAACACGAGACAUACCGCCAUGGAGUCGUCGAGCUCAUUUGGGAUGAUGCGCGCCUGGAUGUGCCCCCAGAUCCACCAGCGUACGACAACUUCCGAGAUAUCGAGACAUUCUGGAAAAGUUGGUAUGAAGAGGUCUGUGAGAGCAAUGUCAUGGAAGCAGAGCAUCGGAAGGGCUCUGAUGUCAACCGUCCAGACCACGCGGCAAGGGACCGAUGGAUCGCCGCCCAACCAUCAACUGAAGUGCUCUGGCUGCACUUUAAGAAGAUGUUUUCAAGACAGCGCGACGUUUCCACAACAAGCCGCGAUGCCUCCGCUCUGAAGUAUGCACUGGCACAAUUCCCUUCACUACGGAAGAUUACCUUGACACCCGCGACUCACGGCGUGCACUUCACCCCACUGUACCAGACGCCCACGAUUCGCGCCAUGCCGUAUGGCUUCAACUAUCCCAUCCCCCGCGGCUGGCCGGUCAAGAAACCAGGGGGGUGGGAAAGUAUGCCUUCGUGGCGUGGAUUAUGCAUUAUUACACGGGCGCUUGCUCGCGAGAGGCACAACAUCUCCGAGUUUGUCGUAGACUACAACGACUUUAUCACAAUGCUUCGUAAACCUGGCUUCCGCCGCAUCGACCUCGCGUUCCUUGUGGAUGGACAAAGCUAUAGGAGCUGGAAAGCCUUUUGCAACGGCCAGUUACGAUCUGCACUCGCCCUCGCCACAGACCUAGAGCAUGUCAGUCUCUGUACAAACGUUCCCUACGAGGUCAGCAACAAGAUCUGGGCGGAGAACAACAUUAGUCGAAGCUGGCCGAAACUUGGACAUUUUGGGCUUUCAGGAUUUGCCGUACAGCAAGACGACAUUAUCUCUCUGCUCGCUGCCCUGCCACCGACGUUGCGGGAGUUUGUCGCUGCAAUGCGUGACACUCUUGAUUGGCGUGAGCGCCCUGUGAAUGGGCGGGCCCUGUGGGUGGACGAGCAGGUCAACGAAUUCGUCUACGGCCACGGCGAAAACCCGUUUACGGAGGAUAUCCCGAACCAUGUCUCGACAGGCGUAGGGACUUGGCGGGACUUUUUUGAACCGGCCUAUGAAAGACCCAAUGUGGAAGAUGCAGACUUGCGGCCCAGGAAUAAGAGGACCUAUAUACUGGAGGGGAGUGCAGUCAUAUAUGAGUAUGAAAAAGCAAAUAGUUUAAUCUGA